AUGCCGAUUGUUGAAUUGUCAAUUAAAUAUUAUGAAAAUGAACAAGAAACGGGAAUUGAUAAAAAAAAAAAAAAUGAAAUUAAAAAUUUUAUGAUAUCAUACGUGUCAACACUUUUCAAUAAUCCAGACGAUUUAACACUAGAACAAAAAUACAUGUUCGGUAAAUAUGUCGAAACCGAAACCGGACAAAAAUGGUUUGCUAAAAUAGUGAAUUUUCAAAGAGCCAAAACGCAAAAAGUGUCAGAAACGACUUUUUACAGACUCGUUCAACAUUUUGCUAUAGUUCUUUUCGAAUGCGCCAACAGUGAAAACUUUUCCCCAGCAAAAACUUUAAUGAAUAUGUGUUUAACGUUUUAUCACGAAGUUGAAAUGGCGGGAAGUGAACCCUUUCAAGAAUAUUUGGCUACUUAUCUUAAAAAUCAACCGAUAUGGCAAAAUUUAAGAUUUUGGAGUGCUGCAUUUUUCGAUGCUUUACAUUCUGUAAGAAUUCAAAAACCUGUAUUAACACAACAGGAACUCUUAAAUGGUGAUAUUAAUACUUUUCUGGAUGAAGAAAAAUACCAGGAAAACAUUACUUUUGGGGUAGAUAAAAAUUUUUGUACGGAGUUUUUAAAGAAACAAUUAACCAUUGGAUCCUUGCCUAGAAAUCAAGAAAAAAUGCUGGAAGAUCAUUUGCAUAGUUUAUACGAUUAA